CUGUGAUUGGCUCACGGUGAGCCAUUGCGUGCAGGCAACACUUGCAAUAUCCAACGGAGAUGCCGUCAUUCCCCACCAUUCGCGGUGGCGGGAUGAAGAAGGUUGCGUGGAACUCCAUGAUCGUCACUGCCCUGAGGUCGACCCAAGUGCUCAUGACUGGCAUGACAACCGUCUUCAUGCUAAUCUCGUACCGCGACGUGUCCAUCAAGGAAGAUGGGAGCGACUGGCGGUUUGCUCAACUUCCCCACUUCUUUGCGGUGAUGGUGUCUGCCGUCGGGUUUGUGUACUCGUUGUUGUACUGCAUCCUCGUCCUAGCCAUGGACUACUGGAGCCACGACGUGCUGCUAGAGCGUAUUGCGGACGCGGUCUUGGCCGUGUGUCUGGCCACUUGUGGCGUCACAGUCGGCAGCAACGGCGGGUGCAAGUUGCCGUCGACGCUGCAAAACUGCACCAACCUCCGCGGCACCAUCGGGUGCUUGUACGUGUCUGCCGUCGUGUACUUGGUGUCCUUCGUGCACAGCAUGCUCACCCAGGAAGUGUUCAAUCCCGACGCGCACGAGAACCUGGUGCCGCGAGGGAACUACGGUCCCAGCAUUAUUCUGUCGCCGGAACCAACUGCUGCUGCGCCCAACUACGAUAACACGAUCGAACUGAAACCGCGAGGCAACUUUGGCGCGUACUCGUCGCCUCGAUCUUUGCCAUACAACGACAACACGUUGGACCUUAAGCCUCGCGGGAACUUUGGGUCGGUGCAAACCGACAUGCACCCGAAGAUUGCCAGGGACGACAGCGGUGGACUCAUCUAAAGAAAUUUUAAUUGGAUUAAAUAAUUAAAUACAGUCAACCCUGUUUGUGUGUGUA